AUGGCCCAGGUCCCUGCCGACUUCCCGCCUUCCUCUGGGCUCCUCUCCGAAGCAUCGCCCGAGCCCAGCCCUGGCCCCCAACGGCCUGGAAGCGCGAGCGGGCGGCAAGCUGACCCCAUCCGAGGGCCCGGCCGUCCCUGCCCUGGCCCGGAGCCCGGCGCGCUCAGACCCCGAGGCCUCCAGCGCCCCGCCGGGCCCGCGCUCCCCGCCGCCCACCGAGCCCGCACUCCCCGCCCGCGCGUCCGGCCCAGCUCGGCCGGCGGGACUCACCUCCACAGCCCGGUGGCGCCGCCUCCGUCCUCCCGGCCCGGGCAGCGCGGCCCCGGCCCCCGGGCCCGCUCGCCCCCGCCGGCCGAUCCACAACUUCUGCCUCCGGAGAGCGGCGGGGCCCCUCUCGCCGCCGGCCGCGCUGCCCGGACGGCCUCCCCGCGCCUCAGCCGCGGAGUGCCCCGACCCGGCCCCGGCCACUGCCCGCGUCAGGCGUUCGCCUUACGCCACCUCCGUAGCGUAGCGCCCGGCCUUGGCCCCGCGGCUACGGCGCGCCCGGGGCGCACGCGGCGCUGUGAAUCGCUCACACGGACUACGGCUCCCACAGGGCCGCGCGGCGCUGCCGGGGCGGAAGCCCUGGGCGGUGCCGGCGCGAAGCAUGCCGGGAGUUGUAGUCCUCUGGUGGCGCCUUCCCUGUCCGCCGACCUCCCGAGCCAUUCCUCCUGCUCGCGCUGCUGGAGACGGCCAGGCCCCGGGCCUCGGUCCCGGGAAGGCGCCGCGCUCCCGGCUUAUCGGGCAGUGGGGCAGCCGGAGGAGGGGCUGGGACUACAGCUCCCAGAAAGCCCUGCGAGGGGCACGGAGGGGCGGGGCCUCCAACCGCUGCGUCGGCGCGUCCACCGCGACUCGGUCCCGGGGGUCUCGGGGGUGGCCGGGCCGGGGACGUCAGUGUCCCGCGGGGCUCGGGGAGGCCCCUGGACCGAAGACCACGACCCCGCCCUGGGCCCUCUGUGUCCGCGAGGCCCAGAAACCCCUUCGGGCCUCCCAGGGCCGCCCCCUCGCAACGCUGUGCUCGGUCCCGGCGGCCAAGAGCGGCGGUGGCAACGGGACCGCUCUGGCCCGAGACGCGGCCUGGCCUCGCAGCGUCGCUUGGGCACAGCCUCUCUAGGUCCCUUCGUCCUCGGUCGCGGAAGGACGCCAUUAAACGGCCACGCCCGGCUGGACCUGGAGGAGGGAAGACGGGGCGACUCCCGGGUCCUUCCAGGCCCCUUGCUCAGGCCUGAGUCUCUCCCCGGAGGUCCCUUCCCGCUGCGCUGA